CACUAAAUAAACAAAUUUUCCCCAUUCCAACCUAAUCUCUUUUUCAACGCCCUUUUCUCUUAAUCCAAUUUCGCUUUCUUAUCAUCAACAUCAUCAUCAUCGAUUAACAAAGAAAACUCUCAUAUGGAUUAAUUAAUCCUCAAUUAACAGAAAAUCACACACAAAUCAAAUCACCGAUUCGAUUCGAAUUCUUCACUUUCCAUAACCUAAGAUCCAUUUCGCAUGUUCUUCGAUCUUCGAUCGGUUCCGAUCGAACAAAGGCUUUCCCAAUUUCGAUCUGAAAUCACUUUUGUAACAAUUAGUGUUUCAACAAUCACAGAAUGAUGUCUUCAAUCUUCUUUCUACGCAAUUUGAUUCCGUUUCACGGUGGAUCUUCUUUUCAUCGUUUUAAACAUCUUGAAAAAAGUGAUAGGCGUGGUAAUCUUAGUUAACCUUCCGCUUUUUUUAGUUUUGUUUCAUUUUUGAAAGUUUUUUGAUCUAUUUUUCGGAGUAUUUCUUCUGGUUUUGUGAAUUUCUAUUCACGGUUGAAUUUGAGGCUUUUGGUAUCGCGUUGACUUCAAAGAUCGUGAAAGGUGGCUGUUGUUUUGUACCUGUUUUGAGAUUUUUGAUAUUUGAAUCUACAAACGUCGUCGUUUAAGUGUGUGAUCUUAUACGAUUGAUGGACAUCCACUCUCCUGCAAAUGUUGUGGAGUGUGAUAUCAUAAGUAAACUUGAAAUUACUUUUGGUGGGUCAUUACAUAUACAAGAUGAUCAAAAGUUAGAACAUGUAUCUGAUGAUGAUGAGGAUGGUAGUAGUAACUGUAAUAUUGGGGAGGGACAUAUAUGUUGUGUGUUUGAACAGGAAGAAACCACACUAAAAGUGAAGAGCUUGAAGGAGUGUUCAACCUUUCCUUAUCCUGAUAUGGUGUUGCCUUCAAGCUCUUCUGAUGAUGAGGAGGCUGAUGGAGCAUUGACAGAGUCACUCUCUAAGCAACUUCCAGACUCAGUUUCUCAACCGGCACCUGCAAAACUUGUAUCUGCCAUGAAGGGUAGCCGCAAGAAACACUUGGGAUCGCAAAUGAAAUUGUCUGUUAAAUGGGCCCCUGAUGUGUAUGAUCCGGUACCAACAUUGUCGUCACAUACUGUGAGAACUAAGAAACAACAUAAAUCCCGGAUCAAGAAGAGUGAAAAGAAAGGUGUAAAGAAAAGUCAGAAGGGCAGCUAUUCUAAAGGGUGUAGCAGCAAAGAUAAGAAGCAGUAUCGUUAUAGAUGGCCAGAAUCUUGUGGCAAAGGAUUUGAUGCUUCGAUGGAAUUAAAUAAUCUCGAUGUUGCUGGCCAUGAUUCAUACCAUGCAACUAGCAACUCAAAAAUACCAGCUACUGAAAGUCCUUGCCAUGUCGGAGAAGCUAUGAGUAACUUCCUUGAUUUUGUCUCCUAUAUCAAGACUGCAUAAAUAAUUAGUUUCCUGUUCGGUUGUGUGAAGAGUUUUUUUGUUUACGGUUAAAAACUAUUCAGUGCUGGCCAAUCAAUGUAUCUCUUGGAAUUCAGAACAUACAUCGUACUAUAUGCACUAUGUUCUUUUUGAGUUAAAUAAUGUGUGGCAACUUUUAUAUUUGGAAUAUCAUUUCUGAGGUAAACGGUGCUGAAGAGCCUCUGAUCUGUCAUUUUCUCUUUUACCCUA